AUUGAAAUGAACCUUCAGCUGCUGAUUAGAUCCCUGUUGCUGACUGCAGCAGUAAUGGUCGAAACUCAGGAAGUCACCUACACUGGGGUCCUGUGGAAGGCAGCCAACGUCCGGGAUUCCAUAAAGGAGACGCCUGUGGAAGAAUUCACAACGGAAAGGGAGCUUGCUUGUGCUGCCGAAGCCCAAAGGCGACCCUGGUGUACCUUGUAUUGCUACACUGGUAACUUGUGCAGCCUUUACGGAGUGACAUUCCCUCCCUCUGUCUAUCCUGCCGUUGUCAACUGCAAGACGAUUUCUCCAUUCCCUCUAGCCUGCAGUCCUCCCUUCACCCCUUUCCUGAUGGUGGAGGACUUGGGGUGCCUCUACGUGCCACCAGCGCCGAGCAACUGGGACGCAGCAAGAGCGCAUUGCCUCUCUUACGGCGCUGAUCUGGUCGUCGUUUCGACCGAUGAGCAGUUCGUGGCCCUGAGAGAUUAUUUCAUAUCUGCCAACAUUCAGUCAAAGAAAUGGGUUGGAAUCAUCGAUCGAAAGUGGCUGGACGGUCGUCUGAUGGAAAUGUGGGAUGCAGGAGAACCAAACGGAGCUGUUGACGGAACACAAUGUGGCUUAUUGCAAGACGUUACUCUGCUGGAUGACACCUUUUGCACUAGGGAAUUCCAGUAUAUCUGCCAAGCCUAGUGAGGUCUCGUCACAACCAAAGGAAAGGCUGGAAGAGGUCACACACAUUCGUAUCUUAUUAGUGUAGACAUGAUAGAUAUUUAGAUUGUGUGUUAUCUAAUGUUUUUCACUGACACUGACUAAUCUAUCAUUUCCUGUUCUCUGAAAUUUACCCACUAUAUGAAGGUAUUUUAAAUUAUGUUA